GUACGACCAAGCGGUUGACAGCCUCCGCCGGGAGAUCGGCUUCCACCAGGAGUCUGGCAACACCGGUGCCAUCGGGAGGCUGACUGUCGCCAUCGUGCUCGUGCAGCUCGCCAGGGGAGACCCCGUGGCCGCCGAGAAGGCUUACAAGGAAUGGGGCAGCAACUGCGAAGUGGCAGAGAUGCAGACCCUGGAACAGAUCCUCCAGGCAUACGACGAGGAGGACCGCGAGUCCGCCAAGCGGGCACUGGCGAGUCCCUUCAUCCGGAACAUGGACGUCGAGUACGCGCGGCUGGCGGCCACCGUGCCCCUGCCCGAGGCCCUGGAGCCAGCCCCCAGGGCCGCGGUCCGGGAGAACGCGGCCCCGAGCUACGUCAGCGCUACUGCGCAGUCAACUACUACUGCGGAAGUUAUGAAGGAGGACGAGGAGAACCCCUACGCUCCCGUCACUUACACCAAGAAGGAUGACGACGAGGAUAGCGAGGAACUGUGCUAAACCUUCAUAGAGUAACGUAAUAUUCAUUUAUCAUAGCUGUGCUUAACAAACGUGAGAAAAAACCUGGUUAUUUAUAUAUCACACUUGUAUAGCACUUGUAUAGAAUGACUGUUUUGUGGGAUAUUUUCAAAACGAAACUACAAUUGGUUAGGUAAUGAAUAAGGUAAAUAAUCUUUGUUAUUUUUGUGUAUUAAAUAGUUUUGAGGUUAAUAGCGACUGAAAACUUAGUCAAAAUAACUAUGAAUAUUAUUAAAUUGUAUCAUUUUUAUUAAUAUUUUUGUAAAGAACAUACAUCGAGAUUUGUUUACCCAUUUUCAAGUACCUAAAUCAAUGUAGUUAUAGUAUUUCCAGAGGUACGGUCAGCAUAUAAGUAUUAACACAAUUAGAUUAUCAAAACAAGUGAAAUAAAAAAUAUUUUAAUUCAAUUAUUUAUUGAAUAACAUAAUGUAAUAUUAAAGUUAAAACACACAAAACACAAAUUCCUACUUUGUCACCAAAUAAUGAUAGUUUUUAAAUCUAUUUGUGUUGCUGACUGUACUAGCAACAAACAAUAAUUAUAUAAAAACUGUCUUCCUAACAAAAGUUUGUAAAUUUAAUACAAACAUGAUUCAAAAAGAAUUUGAGCCUCGAAUGGGACUCGAACCUGCAUCUACUAGCUCAAUGUUAAUUGUUUGCGUGUAAAGAAGUGUGAUAGUUAAUUUAAAACCAGGCUUUUUUGUCACGUCACAUACAGAGUGAGUUUGUCAUUUCAGUACUGAUGAAUCACAAACGUAUUUGUCAUUUCAACACACCAUUGGAAAGUUAAACAUUUAAGAUUAUGUAAUGUAUGUUAGUGAGGGCUAGUAACAUCACUUGCUAGUAAAAAGCUUACUGGUAAGUGACGUCACACGGAAUAUAAAUCACUGUUUCCCCUUAGUUUUCUAUUUACGAGCAAAAAAAAAUAUACUUAUCCAGCACUUUUUGGAAAUAUAUCUGACGGACUAAACAAUUAAUUCUUUUUGUCAAAUACCCUAUUUGUUGAGUAUAUAGCUAUUAAUUUGUCAAAUGAUACGAAACUCACUCUGUACUAUAGUUGAUGUUAGCACGGUCAAAAUAUACAUAUAUAAAUGUAGAAACAACUUGUUGUUUGUCAUUUGGAACAACUGACGGAUUUAAUUACCGAAUGGAUUCAAUGAUUAGUUGAAUAAAUGAUAAAUAAAUGAUAAAUAAAUGCGGACAACAUCACAUACAUUGCUCUGAACCCAAAGUAAGUUGCUGAAGCACUUGUGUUAU